UGUGUGUCCAUCGGGUACUUGUUGGCGCGAAAGUCCUGCAGUUCUGUAACAACAUCUGCUGACACCAUAACGUCAGAAUCUGUAGAAGUUUUUGUCUUUGGAAAAUAACUAAUUACACAAUGGCGGGUGAUUCGGUGGACGAUCAGGAGAUGAGAGAGGCGCAAAGAGAAUAUCUGGACUUCUUAGAUGAUGAUCAAGACCAGGGGGUCUACCAGAGUAAGGUACGCGACAUGAUCGGCGAGAACAAGAACCGACUUAUCGUCAACAUAAACGACCUGAGAAGACGCAACGAAACUCGGGCGGCCAAAUUGAUGAAUAAUGCGUUUGACGAGCUGCUGGCGUUCCAGCGUGCUUUGAAGGACCUGGUGGCGUCUGUGGAUGCUACAUACGCCAAGCAGUACGAGGAGUUCUUCAUUGGUCUGGAGGGGAGCUUCGGCAACAAGCACGUAACCCCCCGGACCCUGACCUCCCGUCUUCUGGGCUCCGUGGUCUGUGUGGAGGGCAUCGUCACCAAGUGCUCUCUGGUACGUCCCAAAGUGGUGAGAAGUGUCCAUUACUGUCCAGCCACAAAGAAGACGAUGGAACGGAAAUACACUGACAUGACCAGUCUUGAUGCCUUCCCCUCCUCUGCCAUCUACCCCACCAAGGAUGAGGAGAACAACCCGCUGGAGACAGAGUUCGGCCUGUCCAUCUACAAGGACCACCAGUCCAUCACCGUCCAGGAGAUGCCGGAGAAGGCCCCGGCCGGCCAGCUGCCACGCUCUGUGGACAUCAUCCUGGACAAUGACCUGGUGGACGUGGUGAAGCCGGGGGACAGGGUUCAGGUCAUAGGGACCUACCGCUGCCUGCCGGGCAAGAAGGGAGGGUUUACAUCCGGAGCGUUCAGGACCAUCAUGAUCGCCUGCCAGGUGAAACAGCUGAGUAAGGAAGUGUCUCCGUUCUUCUCUGCUGACGACGUCUCCAAGAUCAAACUCUUCAGCAAGUCGAAGAUCGAUGUGUUUGACCAGUUGGCACACUCCCUGGCCCCCAGUAUUCAUGGCCACGAGUACAUUAAGAAAGCCAUUCUGUGUCUGCUGCUCGGAGGUGUGGAGAAGGUUCUGGAUAAUGGAUCGCGCAUUCGAGGAGAUAUCAAUGUACUGCUCAUAGGUGACCCUUCGGUGGCGAAGUCUCAGUUGCUACGAUACGUCCUGCACACGGCUCCCCGGGCCAUCCCCACGACAGGCCGGGGGUCAUCCGGGGUCGGCCUGACCGCUGCCGUCACCACUGAUCAGGAGACCGGGGAGCGGCGUCUGGAGGCCGGGGCGAUGGUUCUGGGGGACAGGGGUGUGGUCUGCAUCGACGAGUUCGACAAGAUGUCUGACAUGGACCGCACGGCCAUCCACGAGGUCAUGGAGCAGGGCCGCGUCACCAUCGCCAAGGCCGGCAUCCAUGCCCGGCUCAACGCCCGCUGCUCCGUCCUGGCGGCUGCCAACCCGGUCUAUGGCAGGUAUGACCAGUAUAAAACCCCCAUGGAGAACAUCGGGCUGCAGGACUCUCUGCUGUCUCGUUUCGACCUCCUCUUCAUCAUGCUGGACCAGAUGGACGCUGAACAAGACAGAGAGAUCUCCGACCAUGUCCUCCGCAUGCACCGAUACAGGGACCCCCGCGAACAGGACGGAACAGCGAUGGCCUUUGGCGGCUCAGUAGACAUCUUGGCCACCGAGGAUCCGGAUGCAGCUCAGGACGAGCAGGAGGAGCUGCAGGUCUACGAGAAACACAACAACCUCCUGCAUGGAUCGAAGAGACGCAGGGACAAGAUCGUAAGUAAGGAGUUCAUGAGGAAGUACAUCCACAUCGCCAAGGUGUUGACCCCGACACUGACCCAGGAGGCAGCCAAUCACAUUGCAGAAGAAUACGCCCGCUUGAGGAGCCAGGAGCAGAUGGGUUCCGACAUUGCCCGGACGUCUCCGGUGACCGCUCGUACUCUGGAGACCCUGAUUCGUCUGUCCACGGCCCACGCUAAAGCCCGGAUGAGCAAAGCCGUGGAGCUGGAAGACUCUGAGGUCGCGGUGGAACUGGUCCAGUUCGCCUACUUCAAAAAGGUUUUGGAGAAGGACAAGAAACGCUCCAGAAAAGAGCAGGACUCUGAUGAAGAGGAACAGGAGGAGGAAGCACCGUCCCAGCGGACCCCUCGUUCUGAGAGGAAGAGGAGUCGUCGCGGUUCCCAGAGCACCGAGACCUACGACCCGUAUGACUUCGCUGGAGAGAAGGACAUCCCUGAGAUCCAAGCUGGCACGCCCAAACCCACCGAGGACGAACCGUCCGUGGACGCCCCAGUCCCUCCGAGCCAAGACAGCCAGACGGAGGUGUCUGCCGACAGGCUGAAGGAGUUCAAGUCGUCUCUCCUGGAGGUGUUCCGUUCUGCACAUGCCCAGUCCGUGGGUUUGAAGUCUGUGAUGGAGUCUGUCAACAAGGACAGAGACGAGCCCUUCGACCAGUCUGAGGUCCGUGCGGCCCUGGCUCGCAUGCAGGAUGACAACCAGAUCAUGGUGGCUGAUGACAUCAUCUUCCUCAUCUAAUGACCCAUGUCUGGGUCGUCUCCUCCUGGGACGGGAGAAGGAAGAGGGGAAGGAAAGUCUGAAUGGAGAGAAGUUUUCCCGUUGUAAGACUGUUUGAAGGAAGAGCUGAAGGAAGAUGGAUGAUGGAAGUCCACUUUGCCUGUUUCAUCUGGGUUCUGGGUCCUGUUUGCUUCUUACGGUUGGAUUUGGGUCAGUAGCUGUCUGUGUACGAUAAAAAAGGGGUUUAAAGUAUAAUGCUUUUGUUUUAAAGUGUUUUUAGGUAACUAUUAAAUCUUCUUGGAUACAUGGUCUGGUUAAAAUGAGGAGCGGAGAGCUUGACAAACCAUUUCCUCUACAGCCCCUGCCUUUGUUUUGCCUCAGUUUUGUUUUCAGGGAAAGAUUAUUGUAAAUAUUGUUCAAACAGGUUUUCAUUGUAAAGGUUUGUUAACUAUUGAGAUGGAAAAUUAAAACCUUUAAUGUUGAGCGUUGAGUGGGUGGUUGCUCUCAGCAAACUAACA